AUGUAUAGGUCAAGUGUGUGUGUGUGUGUGUGUGUUUAUUUCACAGAUCUGCUCAUAUGGUGUGAAGCUGCGGAGACUUUAACUGAUCAACUAACAGAUUUGGGUCAAAAUGUGUCUAUAAACUGUGAUUUUGGUGUAAAGGAGGUUAACUGGUUAUUACUGAAACUUCCAGAUUCUCCGGUUGUCAUAUUACUCUCUUCCACAGCUUCAGCUCCUUUUUACUACAGUAAAGCUUUUAGGCAGAAAUAUUCAGUGCAAAGUAAUCAUCGCCUGUUCAUAAAUAAUGUCACUAUUGAUGAUUUAGGACUUUAUUACUGUGAGACCAAAGACGCUCCUCCAAAAUACAGCGACGGCACCAGAAUACACAUCAGCGUACCAAGUCCAGCUGCAGAGAUCCAGAAUCAUACAGCGGUGAAGAACAUUGAGAGGAAUCAGACACAUUGGCAGAUUAUUAUCUUCAUAUCUGCUCUGUUGAACGCUGUUCUGAUCAUAGUGGUCAUAGGACUAUUAAAGAUGUUUGUUCAUGCAAGAAACGGAGACGACUUGAAACAAUUUCAAAGUACAGACCUACAAAAUCUUCAAGAUAUGGAUUUCGAACAACCUCAAGACUCAACACAAACACUGAUAUGUUACAUGAAAAUAUAAAGUAACACAAUAUGUCUUCCUCUAUGUUAAAGUAUAAAGCUUAUAAAUAUGGUUAUAAUUAUGCAUAUGUGCUGAUAUUCAGGCCAACAGUGCGACUGAGAGCUUGAUAUUGAUUUAUACAUAAAUGUAUGUGCUGU